AUGACAUACUUCAAGAUGCGUUUCUUGGUGAAACCUUUGAAGGAGCUGGUGUUACUACCCCAAGUGGACACAGAGGGAAUAGGAGAUGAGUCAGAAAAAUUGCAUAGAUUGAUGCAAGAAGCAGAGAAGGCAUUGUAUCCAGAAUGCAACGAGUUCACAAAAUUGUCAUUCACUGUUGCACUAUAUCACAUAAAGUACCUAUGCAAUUGGAGUGACAAGUCUUUCUCUAUGUUGUUGGAUUUAUUGAAGAAAGCACUACCACUAAAUAAUACCUUACCGAAUUCCUUAUAUGAAGCAAAAAAGAUGCUUAAGGACUUGGGACUCAGAUACAACAAGAUCGAUGCAUGCCUAAAUGAUUGUAUGUUAUAUUGGAAGGAUGCAUCUAAUCAAAAGUCAUGUCUCAAAUGUGGGGCAUCAAUGUAUACAUCCGACAACAAAGUUCCAAAGAAAACAUUACGUCACUUCCCUCUGAUACCAAGGCUUCAAAGAUUGUAUAGGUCAUCAGUAACAUCAUCCGAAAUGAGAUGGCAUAAAGAUGGAUGUAUGGAUGAUGGGAAAAUACGUCAUCCUGCAAACGCAGAAGCAUGGAAGGACUUUGACAGACUGCAUCCAACUUUCAGUGCGGAUCCGCGGAAUGUUAGGCUAGGGUUGUCAAGUGAUGGAUUUAAUCAUCAUAAUGAUAUAAAGAAUUCAUACAGCAUAUGGCAUGUUAUUGUGGUGCCGUAUAAUCUACCACCAUGGAAGUGCAUGAAACAACAAUCAUUCACGUUGACAUUGCUAAUUCCAGGUAAAUAUCAACUUGGAAAUGAUAUAGAUGUGUAUUUACAGCCAUUGAUUGAUGAAUUGAAGUUACUAUGGGAUGGUGUUGACACCUACGAUUCAUUGAAGAAAGAGUCAUUCCGUUUACGUGCUUGCCUCUUAUGGACAAUCAACAACUUUCCUACAUAUGCCAACCUUUCAGGCUGGAGCACCAAGGGUGCAUUGGCAUGCCCUUGUUGCAACAAAGAGACCAUGUCAACUUGGUUGAAACACAGCCGUAAGCAUUGUUACCUAGGCCAUCGUCGAUUCCUUGAAGGAAAUCACAAAUUUCGAAUGGAUAAGAGAGGUUUUAAUGGUCAUGUCGAGCUUGGGGUAGCACCACAAUCCCUUUCAGGCAUUGCUUCGCUAACUCAAAUGGAAGGUGUAGAAUUUCCUACAUUUGGUAAGGAAUCUGAUAAGGAUACCGGUAAACGAAAGAGAGCAGGAGUUCAAAACGAACUACUAUUUAAUUGGAAGAAGAGAAAUAUAUUCUUUGAGUUGCCAUAUUGGAAGGAUAAUCUACUCUGUCAUAAUCUGGAUGUCAUGCAUAUAUAA